AUGCCGCGGCUGGAGGAGGUGGCCAACGUGGUGCUGCGGGUGCCCGGCAUCGUCCUGCUGGACCUGCUCUACCGCUGGGACGUCCAGGCCUUUGCCGAGCUGCUCCGGCCCAAGCAGGAGGAGGCGUCGUGGCGCCGCCGCGCCCUGUGGCACGGCUACUACCUGGGCCACGUGCUGUGUGUGGUGGUGCUGCUGCUCCCAGUCAGAUCCCUGGUGAGACUAUACCUGUACGGCCUGACGCUGCUGCUGCUCUUCGUGGGGCACCAGACGGCCAGGGACUACAUGCGCCAUGAGAUGGAGGGUGAGUUCCAGGGGGCUGUGUACCAGGACCCUGUGGUGCUCAGCCGCUUCGUGACCGCCCUGACAGGCCAGAUCUUUGUGAGCAUGCUCUGCGCCCUCCUGAUGAAGACCAAGCAGGUGUGGCUGUUCUGUGCCCCGCUGCUCCCGCUGCUGGCCCGGCUCUGCGGCUUCCCCCUCCAGGCGCUUCCCGUGGUCAACACCUUCGCCGCCUCCGUCACUGUGGUGGAGGUGCUGUAUGUGGCCGCCUCCCACCUGCUGGUUCCCUUCCACCUGGCCGCUGCGGCAUGCAGGGAGGUGGCUCAGGGACUGGAGAUGUACCGGCUGGUGGCGUUGGCCAUGUCCCUCUGGAGCCAGCUGGCCGUCCCGGUGCUCUUCCUUGUCUUCUGGCUGGUGCUCUUCACCCUCCAGAUCUACUCUUUCCUGGCCUCUUCCAACAGCCUUCUCGCCCAGCAGGGGCUGCUCUUCAUCUUCCUCAGCAGCGUGGCGGAGUGCUGCGGCACGCCCUACUCCCUCCUUGGCCUGACCUUCACCGUCUCCUACCUCGCCCUGGCCGUGCUCAACCUUUGCAAGUUCUACCUGCUGGGCUACGACGCCUUCCAGAACGGCAACGUCAUGCACAGGGGUGUGACGGAGGGUGUGACGCUGCUGCUGCUGGCUCUCCAGACGGGGCUGCUGGACCUGCAGAUCCUGCAGAGAACCUUCCUCCUCAGUAUCAUCCUCUUCAUCGUGGUGACGUCGACCCUGCAGUCCAUGAUCGAGAUAGCCGACCCCAUUGUGCUGGCGCUGGGGGCUUCGCAGAACAGGAGCCCUUGGAAGCACUUCCGCAGCCUCAGCCUGUGCCUCUUCCUGCUGGUUUUCCCCUGCUUCAUGGCGUACAAGAUUGCUCGCUUCUUCCACAUGGACUUCUGGCUGCUGAUCCUGGUCUCCAGCUGCAUGCUCACCUCCCUGCAGGUGAUGGGCACCCUCUUCGUCUACGCGCUCUUCAUGAUCGAGCUGCUCCAGGACGCGCCCCUGGAGAAGACGGACGAGAUCAUUUACUACGUCAACGCGGUGAGCCGGGUGCUGGAGUUCCUGGUGGCCGUCUGCGUGGUGGCCUAUGGCACCUGGGAGUCCGUCUUCGGCGAGUGGAGCUGGAUGGGCGCCUCCGUCAUCAUCAUCCACUCCUACUUCAACGUGUGGCUGCGGGCCCAGUCGGGCUGGAAGAGCUUCCUGCUCCGCAGGGAGGCUGCCAAGAAGAUCAACUCGCUGCCCAGGGCCACCAGGGGGCAGCUGCGGGACCACAACGACGUGUGUGCCAUCUGCUUCCAGGAGAUGAACGUGGCCGUGAUCACCGACUGUGGCCACUUCUUCCACACGGGCUGCCUCCGCAAGUGGCUGUAUGUGCAGGACACCUGCCCCAUGUGCCACCAGCCGGUGAAGCCCUCGGCCACCGAGGGGCCGCAGCCAGACGGGGGAGAGCGGGCGGAGCCAGAGCCCAUCCCAGAGGAGCAGCCGCCUGAGAAUGCAGAUGCCGAGGCUGCGGGAAGGGCAAGGACCCCGGGCCCCAGCAGGACCGCUGAGGAGCAGGAGAACCCAGCACUGGCAGAGCCCAGCAGGGCCGGACUGCUCCCAGAAGCUGUGCCCAGUGGGGGGGGCAAGCCCAUGGACCCAGCUGGGAGCAGGACUCCCCAGCCAGUGUCUCAGGGCUGCACUCAAUAG